AUGUCUACAAAAAUUAUCAAAGUUUUGUGGACAGGUAGAUUAAAUUAUAAUUCUGGCCUUAAAUUACAAAAAAUAUUGUCUGAUCGACAUCAUCAGAAAUUAAAAGAUGAGAAUUGUAAUACAUUAAUAUUAAUUGAGCAUAAUCCAGUAUUUACAGUAGGAAUUAGAGAUAAAAUCUAUACAAUAGAAGAUGAAGAGAGAUUAAAAAAUUUAGGUGCAGAAUUUUUUAGAACAAAUCGAGGUGGUCUUAUAACUUUUCAUGGACCUGGACAAUUAGUAGCAUAUCCCAUAUUAAAUUUAAAACAAUUUAAAAAUGGUAUUAAAUGGUAUGUUUGUCAAAUAGAAAAUAUGAUUAUUCGUUUAUGUGCAAAAUAUGGUAUUAAAGGUGAAAAGUCUUCUGAUACUGGUAUAUGGAUAAAUGAUAAAAAAAUCUGUGCUAUUGGUAUUCAUGGAUGUCGUUAUAUAACAACACAUGGUUUAGCUUUAAAUUGUAAUACAGAUUUAAGUUGGUUUAAUCAUAUUGUUCCCUGUGGUAUUGAAGGAAAGGGUGUAACAAGUAUUAGUCAAGAACUUAAUACAAAUGUUACUAUUCAAGAUGUACUACCUUUAUUUCAAAAUGUUUUUCAAGAUCAGUUUGAAUGUACAUUAAUUGAAUAUUCAGUUGAAGAAUCUUCUCAAUUACUUAAACUUGUCAAUAAUAGUAUAUGUUAAUAUAAUAUUUAUUUAUUUUCAAAAAUAAUAAAUAAUGAUUUCAAAUAUAUUAAAACAAAUA